AUGGGUAAAUAUAGAAAAAGAUUUAACGAGAAGGCCAGGUCAGGUAUGCUUGCCAAACAGGCAGCACUCAAAAGAGCAAGAAAUAAGCAGUUCACUCGAUAUGAGGAAGAGGCAGAAGCAGCUGAGGAUAACUCAAUAGAAGAACAAGAAAAAGGAGAUGUAGUACAGGAUUCAAAUGCUGAAAUUCUCAAACCUAUGACAGAUGAAGAAAAGUUGGAAAGGAAGCGUAAAAUGGAAGAAAACUUGUACAGUGAGAAUUCUAAAGAGACAAAGAUGUCUAAGUCCAAGAAGAAGAGGCUUGAUAAAUACAUUGAACAUCAAUUGAAGCGAGAAGAAAAGAAAAUUUUGCUUGAGAAAUUGUCCCACACUAAGGUCGAUAGUAGUUUGUAUGCUCCCUCUAAACUACUUGGUUCAGGUAAGCAGACUAAAAGAGAACAAAUGGUAGAAGCCCUAGAGCUCGAGAAGCAGGGCCGUGGUGACGAAAGAACCAAGGAUAUUCUAUACGAAGAAAGGGAAGUGAAAAACUGGGAAGACGACCCAGAUAGCUUCCCCCAAACUAAUACACACGACUAUAGUGACUCAGGUGAAGAAGAGGACGAAUUAGAGAAAUUUGGUGAAUCUACAUCUUCGUUCAUUGACAAUCGACCUGCAAAAUUUGGAGGAAGUGGAAUAGGAUUUGGAUUUGCAAACUUGCCCAAAGUUGAAAAGAAAGCAGCCGCUCCAAAGAAGAAAUAUAGUUGGAGAAUGAGAGUUGCAGAUGAAGAAAAGAAGAGAUCUAAAUUUGAAGAUGACCAAGAUUUUGAGAGCAGCGAAGAAGGAGAAGACGGAGAAGAAGAUGAAGAAGAGGAUGAUGAGGAAGAGGUACAAGAUGAAGAGUCAUCUGACGAAGAAGAACAAGAACAAGACGAUGAGGAAGAUGAAGUAAUCGCUAAUGAACCAGUAGAUACCUCAGAUAUAGAAGAAGAUGUCGCACAAGAGUCAGAAGAAGGAUCAGAAGAGGAUUCCGAUGAGGAUUCAGAAGAAGAUUCCGAAGAAGAUUCCGAUGAAGAUUCCGAUGAAGAUUCAGACGACGAUAUGCCUAGGCUCUUGCAAAAUAAACCCAAGCACUCGAAGUCAGCUGAAUCUUUUAAAGAAUGGGCAGAACAACAAGUUCGUAAGCUUGAAGGAAGAGAGACUGAAUUUGUUAACGCAGAAUUAUCCGAAGAAUUAAAACAGCAGUUAUCAGUACCAACAAUUCACGAAGAAGAUAUAGAUCACUCAUCCGAUGAAGAAAAUUAUGUUCCAAUUAACAAAAAUUUGAAGAGAGAAGCAUUUUUUGUUGACGUUACUCGUACAGAUGAUAUCCAAAAACUGAGAAUGCAAUUGCCUGUUUUCGCUGCAGAACAUAAAAUUAUGGAAGCAAUUUAUCACCAUGAUUGUGUAGUAAUUUGUGGAGAAACUGGGUCAGGUAAGACGACCCAAGUUCCUCAAUUUUUAUAUGAAGCUGGCUUCGGUAACUUGAAUUCACCCUUAUACCCCGGAAUGAUCGGAGUUACUCAACCUAGAAGAGUUGCUGCCGUUUCUAUGGCUGAGAGAAUUGGUAACGAGUUAGGAGAUCACGGGAAAAGAGUAGGAUAUCAAAUCAGAUUUGACAACACAAUCAAAAAUGAAGGAACUCUUGAUGGUACGGCAUUGAAAUUUAUGACCGACGGUGUUCUCUUGAGAGAAAUGAUGGCUGAUUUCUUAUUAACAAAGUAUUCCGUAAUCAUUAUCGAUGAGGCACAUGAAAGAAACAUUAAUACAGACAUUUUGAUUGGAAUGUUGAGUAGAAUCUUAAAGUUGAGAAGGCAAUAUAAUGAAAAGAACCCAGAAAAAUACAAAGUCUUGAAGCUCAUUAUUAUGUCGGCCACACUUCGAGUUUCUGAUUUUUCAGAAAAUCCCCUGUUGUUUAAGACUCCUCCACCAAUUCUUAAAGUUGAUGCUAGACAAUACCCCGUUAAUGUUCAUUUCAAUAAGAGAACUAAGGCUGAAUACUUAGAUGAAGCAUUCCGUAAAACGUGCAAAAUCCACAAAAAGCUUCCUCCAGGAGGGAUUUUGAUAUUCUUGACUGGACAAAACGAAAUCACUUCUCUUGUUAAGAAGCUCCGUUCAGAAUUUCCACUCAAAAAGAAAAUGAACAAAGCUACUGACGAAGGACCUACCUCCAUCAAAGUGAAUGCUAAAAACGUAGACAUUGAAGCUGAAGAAAUUGAUUUUAGUGUUGGCGUUAUUGAUGAUGACCGUGAUGAUUUUGAUGAAGAAGUUGAAAAUGAAGAUGAGGAAGAAGAAGGUUUCGAUGAAGAAAGAGAAGAACAUCAAACCGAUAAGGAUCCAUUGUAUGUCCUUCCUUUAUACUCGCUAUUACCUACUAAGGAGCAGAUGAAAGUAUUCGAAGAGCCACCCAAGGGUAGUAGACUUUGUAUUGUCGCUACAAAUGUCGCUGAAACUUCAUUGACUAUUCCUGGCAUAAGAUAUGUAGUUGAUUGUGGUAGAUCUAAGGAAAGAAGAUUCAACGAAGAGACUGGCGUUCAGUCAUUUGAAAUAGAUUGGGUUUCGAAGGCCUCUGCCGACCAAAGAUCUGGUAGAGCUGGUAGAACUGGCCCUGGGCAUUGUUAUCGUCUCUUUUCUUCAGCAGUCUAUGAAAAUGACUUCCAUCAAUUUAGUAAACCAGAAAUCUUGAGAAUGCCCGUAGAAAGUGUUAUCCUUUCGAUGAAGAGUAUUGGAAUUGAUCAGAUCAUGAAUUUCCCAUUCCCUACUUAUCCAGAUAGAGUUGCAUUGAAGAAAGCUGAGAAUCUUCUAUCAGUUUUGGGAGCUUUAGAUCACGAAAGUAAGGUCAUUACCGAAUUAGGUAAAAACAUGUCGCUAUUCCCAUUGAGUCCUAGAUUCUCAAAGAUAUUGAUUGUUGCUAAUCAACAAGGCUGCUUGCCAUAUGUUAUUGCCAUUGUCUCGGCAUUAUCAGUUGGUGAUCCUUUCAUCAACGAGCAUGAACUUGGAAUUGCAGAGGUAGCCAAGAAAGAAAACGAAGAUGACAGUGAAGAAGAAGAAGUCAGGGAAACUUACCAGGAAUUAGAGGCCAAGAAGAAGUUGAGAACCAAGUAUUAUCAAUCUCAAGCCAUAUUCAGCAAGUUAGAUAAGUUUAGUGAUGCUUUAAAAUUACUUUCAGCUACUUGUGCAUAUGAGCAUGUCCCUUUGAAGAAGCGUGCUCAAUUCUUGGAAAACAAUUUCUUAAGACCGAAAGUAAUGGAAGAAAUAUCGAAGUUACGUAAACAAUUGACUUAUAUUGUUAAAGUCAAUACGAGCAAAGACGGUGCGGCAGCUGCUACUGGAGCAAUUGACUUGAAGUUACCUCUUCCAAGUAAGACGCAGGUAUCAGCAUUAAAGCAAAUGAUUUCUUCGGGAUUUUUGGACCAGAUUUCGAUUAGAGGUGACUUGAUUUCUUCUGAUGUUCAAAUAACCAAUAGAACAAGUAUUAUGAAUACACCGUAUGAAACUGUUUAUCCUUCAUCGCAGUUUGGAGAAGAAGUUGAGCAUUUCGUGUACAUUCAUCCUAAUUCAGUUAUCAACACGUCAGGAUCAAUGCCUCCUUCUUAUUUGGUUUACCAAUCAUUAAAUUUAGGAAGUAACAGAAAGGAAGGGAAAUUAUCCAAGUUGAGAAUGAAACCAUUGGUGGAUAUCGGUGGGAAGCAACUUGCAAACAUCGCCAAAACCUCGCCUUUGUUGACAUUUUCCAAACCCUUGGGCCAUCCAUAUGCUCCUAAGAAUAUCACUCCAACUAAAAGGGAAUGCUAUGUCAUUCCUAGAUUUGGUGCAGCUAUCGGAGAUGGAGGUGUUGGAUGGGAUUUACCUGUGACGAAAGUAACUCAGGUAAAGAAGAACGGAGCGUGGGAGAUGGAAUAG